AUGGUAUCCAAAAUCGUAAAGCCUGAGGACUGGGAGCUAGGACUGUGCUUCCUCCGUAGUUCUUUUUUUUUUUUGGUCCUUGCAGGUGGAAAUCAAAGAAAAAUUGCCCACCAGAAAAACAUGAAGAAAACUCAGGAGAUUAGCCAGGGAAAAAGCAAAGAGCAUAGUUUGACUACUUCUCAGAGAAAACAGAGCGACUCUGAGAUUAUGCAACAAAACCUUAAAGCAGCUAAUGAGAAGAAGUCUAUGCAGACAAUGGAAAAAUAA